GUGGUUUUCGAAGCGUCAGGUGACCCAACAUGUCUGCCAUUUUUUGCAUAAUGCCUUCAAUUAGCGUUCAAUAACGUUACGCGCUUUGUUGGAUUGAAGUUUAACAAAGUGUGAGUUCACGCAUGCUUAGGACAUUAAAACGUCAUAAAUACUUCAGAAAGGACUCUCCCAGACCUUGGAUGGAGUCAGCAUUAAAGUUUUUGUUGUGCUGCUUCAUCACACGGAGGGACCUCGGGUUUCAGGAGUCGGGCUGUGGUGCACAUCGGCGUGAGAAAAAUGGUCAAAUACUUUUGUAACAACACAGACAUCAAGAGUACGUGGGACCAUGUUGUCUCUGCUUUUUGGCAGAGAUAUCCUAAUCCAUUCAGCACCCAUGUCCUCACCGAGGACGUUGUGUACCGAGAGGUGACAGCGGACAACCGGCUCCUCUCCAGACGCCUGCUAAUGAAGACCAAUCGGCUGCCUCGCUGGGCCGAGUGUUUGUUUCCUGCCGGCAUGUCUCGCUCCGUCUACAUCAUAGAGGACUCCGUCGUGGAUCCCGUUAGCAGGAGCUUGACCACCUACACCUGGAACCUCAACCACACAAAGCUCAUGUCUGUGGAAGAGCGUUGUGUUUUCCAAGACUCGGCCAAGCAGCCGGCAGCCACACAACUGAAACGGGAGGCGUGGAUUUCUUCAAGCGUUUUUGGGUUUUCUAAACCCAUCCAGGAGUUUGGAUUGGCUCGCUUCAAGAGUAACCAGGUGAAAGCCAUGAAGGGGCUGGAAUAUGCUCUGUCCAACCUACAAGGAGAAACGCCCCAACGGCUGCUCAGGGACACGGUGAAGGACGCAUCAGAGAAGGCCAAAGAGGCAGCGAAGACCCUGGCCUCUGCUGCUGCUGGCUCCGCCCCUCAGAAACCCCAACAGUACGUCUGACGGGGAGGCGUGGCAGCUGCCGCACUGACACCUCCACCUUUUGAUCAUCCUGAGGUGUGAAAUCUGUUGAAUUGACUCCCCUGCUUAAACGUUUACCUCUUCCUGUCGGCACUCACUGUAGAUGUCUGUUCUGAUCUCAGGUUCGGAGUUUUGUAUCAAAAUUUCUGCCUUUUAAGCAUCUUUUACAGCUUUAACUGUGAAUUUGUCUACAGAAGACUGGCUUUACUUUCUUUUGUGCAUUUUUACAUUUAAUUACAGCAAGUUCGCAUUAGACCAAUUUUUAAAGGUGUGGAACACUGAAAUAACAUUUUUUAAAUUAUUAUUUCUGAUUGUAAUUGGUCCCUCAGUUUUUCAUGCAGGCUGAACAUGAAAAUGGUCUCCUACACCUAUCUCCUGCAUUAACUUCUGAUAUUCUGAAAAUAUAUGGUGAAGCACUAGGAUUAGAAAAGCCUGACAGCUCUACUUCACACUGUCCCUUAACAUCACCCAUCUUGACCCAUGAUGACGUAGGUUUAACGUCCAGGAAACAGCAGAGAAGGUCUCGACAAGUAGCAGCUUAGCUAGCAUUAGCAAUUCCACCACACAGCAGAACUUCUCCAGGCUUGUGAUAUUUGUGGAGAUAAAACAUCCACGAUGCAAAUCAGUGAUAGUCGUGUUGCUGUUAUCCAAUCCAUGGCACGAUGCCCAAAUAUCAGCAAAUAAGACUCCAAAACCUGCCGUCUGAAGCUCAGCUGUGGUGAUGUGGGUCACUACUAGUUUUUGGAAAUGGUGCACCGUUGGUUGUUUUUUUUAACCUUUAGUACAACUUAAGCAUGAUUUAUACUUCUCCGUCAGCUCCGCAGGGGAGAGACGCAGAGACGUUUUGCUCUUUGACUUCUCCGUCACCUGAGGAGUGUUGUAAAGCAAUUCCCCGCCAGGACAACAGAGGGCGUAGCGCUUUCCUGUGGUAUCAUGCCACCGUUAGUAUCUGGUCAACGAUAGUCGAUUUACUAAUGUGUUUAUAUAUUUCAGAAACUUAAUAACACUGAAUCAUUUGUCCUCUAAAUUAUGCUCUAACCCACAUUUCCCAUCAUUUCUAUCCACGAAUAAAACUUUUGCUCCAUAUUUUUGUACCCCUUCAGUCACGACUGAAUAAACGUUCAUAUUUUUGGACUUUUUCUGCGAUGUGAUCUUAAAUCUUCGUCUGCCGCUAAGAAUCUUUUUGCUUUUUAAAGGGGCAAUGGCUGUGCUGUUGACAAAUUUACAGGAAGUGGCAUCCUGACCAAUCACAAGCUUGCGGUCUCCAUCACUCUCGACGGAUGUUUAAAAAUUCGAGCACGUCUCCGUCAUCCUCUUUGCGAGCCUGUCAGAGAGCCCUUAUGACGACGCAUAAUGGCGCCGCGCGUCCCCGCAUCGACUCAGACACAAAGUAGGGUUUACAAGGCAUUCAUUCCUACUAGAGACCACCGCUAAUGUCUCCAUUAAACGAGUGUUCCACACCUUCAGUGUUUCAUGGACUUCAGUCAAAGAAGGAAGAUGAGAUUGUUAAAACUGUAAUGUGUAUUUAUUAAAUACUUUUAGAUUUCAUGUUUGAAUUUAAAUGAGCUUAAAUCUGUCUGACAGAAACACGUUUGUUACCGUGGUAACUGUCCCACCAUCACAAAGGUGCAAUAGUGAAACUAGAGCAUCACAUUGGUGAUUUUAACAUUUCUGUGACUGCAUUCCUGUAAAUUAGGAAUCAUCUGGAUUUUUGUUUGUUUUUGAGCAAAAUGCAAACUAUAGUUGAUGAAAACUAUAAAUGUGAUGUUUGCGUUGAUGGUUUAGGAUUAGGCGCGUGUGGUAUUCGGUUCAUGUUUAAUUUAAUUUAAUCCAAUUAUGAAAUAUAUUAAAAAUGAAAACCGUAGAGGCACUGUGGAUGCUCAGUGACACAUUUAAAACAUUUCUUUGUUGACUCUUGUUGAAUAAAAACUGAUCAUUUAU